AUGAGUGGUUAUGGCUUUGUUAGGAAGUUAGGAGAAGGAGAAUAAGGACAAGUUGUUGAAGUGAUAAAUUACAGGGAUUAAAAGAAUUAUGCAGCUAAAUAGAUUUCAUUAAACUUAUUUUCAGAAAAGUUGUUUUAAAGACUAUAAUAAUUAAAUCAUCCAAACAUUGUCAAAGUAUUCGAAUAUGAGAUUAGUAAUAACUCUGCUUAUUAUUUAAUGGAACUAUUACAUGAAUAAUCUCUUUAUAAAUAUAUUCGAAAUCAUUAGUUGGAAUUGGAAGCAAUUUAAUUUUACUCAGCAUAAGUCUUAUUAGCUUUGGAUUAUCUACAUAAGAAUGAUGUAAUUUAUAGAGAUUUGAAAUCAGAGAAUCUUUUAUUGAUGAAAAAUGGAUUUCUAAAGUUAGUUGAUUUUGAUUUAAGUAAAUUGGUUAAACAUCCUUAAAAGACAAAUACAUUAUGUGGAAGUCCAGGUUUUAUGGCUCCUGAGGCUAUUUAAGGUUAAGGAUAUAAUAAUAGUGUUGAUUAUUGGAGUUUUGGAAUAUUAUUAUAUGAAUUCUCUACUGGAGAUCUUCCUUUUAAAGGCAAAACACCAUAUGAAGUAUAUUAAGCCAUUCUUAAUGAGAAAGUUGAAUUUCCAAAUUGCAUUGAUAAGUUGCUUUUAUUAUUAUUUUAAGAUCUGUGAAAUCAUUGAUUUAAUAAUUAUUGACAAAAAAUCCUUUGAAUCGAAUGAAAAAAGUUAAGAACUUUGAGUAUAUCUUAAAAGAAUCAGAGAUUUAUUCUUCUUUAGAUAUAAAUGAUUUAUAUAAUUAAAAACUAUUAGCUCCAUAUUAUCCAUGA